UGAAGCUACGCCAAAGGGGGGAAAGUGCGAAAUUGCACACAAGUUGCCAAUACGGCCACCAAUCCCCAGCGCGAGGAACGUGUGCAGCAUCGUUGUGUGUCGCGCUCUCACCGGGCUAUCGUUUCAUUAAACACCAAUCCAAAGAGGGAAAAUGUGCCUGGGAGAGGGCCUGUUCUCAUCUCCACACUGCAGUCGGUCGUGGUCCACCCUUCGUUGGCGACAGCGGCGACGUCGCAAUAGCUCGGUCUGCUCCGGUUAAGGUCCCCAUCGCAGGUUCGUUUCCUUAGACUUUUGUUUCCCGUCGUUCCUCGUCUCAGCCCUUCACGAUCUUCCACCAUCUCUUUGCUCUCUCUCUCUCUCUCCUCCUUGCUGGUGGCUAUUGUAGACUUGUUUUGCAAGGGAUCGAUAUCAGUCUCAUCGCUCUUUAUCACAUACAUCCCGCCAAGAAGAGACUCACCACACUUGUUGCUUUUCCGCUCAAAAACUCAAGCCCUCUCUCAACCUUGUCUCGAUUCAGAAUCCACUCCACCGGAGCUCUGCCCUGUCCACUGAUCUGGGCAGCUCGCCCAUCCUGGCCUCCCUCUUCGGGACGUUAUUACUGCUGGGCCCCUGAUCUUGUGACGGAUCAACUGCUUGGGGCCGCGAAUAAGGAUCGUCGCCCUUGUCCAUCACCCAACGCUGUCUCCACAACUUGAGCACUUUCAUCCGGAAAAGACGCGACAUGGCCCGUAUGCAAUAACCACCACCGCUCUUCCUCUCUUUUCACGACACCAUUGUUCCUCCUCGGUCGCCUUCUACGCCUCCGAGUGCUCGUCAUUGGAGCCGUGGCAAGCACUUUUCACCAAUUGUUCAAUUCCCUCGAACUGGUUCUUCCUUCAUUUCGCAUAGCCAUACUCGUUCGAUUGUUGACCUGGACGUCCAUUGCCGGGAUUGGGCCCAUUCUCUCACUCUCUGUGCAUAGCUCACAGUUGUUUUAUGCCCUUCUUUCGUUCUGUAUGCCCCUCACCAACCCCUCCAUCUCGCUUCGAAGGUCGAUCCGACUAACCAACGUAGUUUCUUGAUACCCUCUUCAUAACGCAACCAUGGUGUCUUUUUUCGGGCUGAAACUCGGGGCCGAUAAGAAGAAGAAACCUGCUGAGAAGGCCGAGAUGAAGCCUCAAUGGAAGAAGAUUGACCAAAACACGCUUGGUCAAGGGCAAUUCUUCGGAAAAGAUCUGGACCGUCCCAUUCUCAUCAACGGAUCUCGCCCCGGCACAGCCAUGUCGAACAAGAGUUUCGCCGCCAACUUCCGUCAUCCGAAUGCGCCGUACCUCAAUGGCGGCUCAUCUUCCCUAGUCGAUCUGGGUGCACCCGGCGUCAAGGGUAUUCGGCCUGUUGGAUCCGAGGCAAAUUUGAAUAUGCGUUGGAACAACACUUCUGUGACCAGCUUGAACAACAUCGCAUCUCCACCGAUCAUUACCGGUGUCAGUGGAUCAGGAAGCAGACCAGGAACACCAAACUCGGCCCGGGCCAAGGCUUGGGUCAACCCUCUCGACGUCCACUUUGCUCGUGAUGGUGCUGGUCCUAGGAGCGAUGGAGCUCUCAGCCCGGCACCGAGUGCUGCACCAAGCGGUUAUCACUCUCCGAACAAUAUAUCGCCUCUGCCUACACCGACCGCAGCCAACGCACCUCGAAGCCCACUUGGGCAGUUCGAAUUCAACCUGAACCCGUCAGAGUCGUCGAAAGAUGACAAGCUGACUCCAGCUCCGUUGUCGCCCAACAAGGCCUUACCUUCGCCUCCUCAAUCCAUCAAUGGUUCGCUCCCGCCAUUGAGGACAGAUCUCAGACCGAAGACUGCAGUUACUGCUGUUCGUGAAGCUCACAGGCCGCGGCCAGCCGCACUUCCGUCCCCAACCGCGUCGACAGGACGUUCCAGCGACGAGGACCAUUUCUAUCCCAGGCCAAUCAUCCAGAAUGUUGCCGCAAAGAGGGACACCCUCACUAUCACCACCCCAAGAAGGCAGAGCUUCUCCAUGGAUAUCGACAAUGAUCCUACUGGACUCGACUUUGGUAUGGUGGAACGAGGACGAACACUAGAGCGGGAAAGCCCGAUUAUUCCACUGAGUCCUGUUAUACCAGUUAGCCCACCGCCAAGGAGCGCCAGGCGACCGCGUCCGCCAGAAAUGAAGAUCCUGCCGCAACCUCCCAGGAGCGCUGGCUUGCCGCCGCCCAGACCGCAGCAGGUGCCAUAUGAAGGACCGCUGCGGAGCCCUGCCCGGCCUCUGGACGAUUGGCCCCCUGCCAGACAGCGUCAGGAUUCGGAUGCUCGAGAGAUGGUCUCUCCGACCAGGGACGGAGAGCAUGUCCAGUACGAUAGCCGUGAACGACAAGGUCCAGAACUCAGAGAGAGGAAAGACUCCGGCGGUCGAUCUCGCGACGAUCUUCCUUCCCCUCCACAGGGAUACCUUGGACCCCCGCCGACCUCGAGACGGGUCGCGCCAGGUGAGGGCGAGCGGAACUACGGUGUCACACCUGCAAACCGUCGACAGCCUCCGCCGCCCGUCGAGCUUCAGCGCAAGGCGUCAAACCCGCAGCAAUAUCAGCCGCCUAGCUGGGAUGAUCGGGACGUCCACCACGGAAACUUCGCAAUGGUGUCACCUCGCAUGCAGUCGCCGCAGCCGCCCACGCCGAACAGCUUGAUUCCCGAGGCCUCGAACGAUGCGAACUGGCCGUUGCCGAGCCCGUUGGCAAGCCCAACGUUCGGAAGCCAGAGACCGCAGACGCCGAAAGAAAAGGCAGAGGCUCAGCAGAUGAGUCCACCUCCAGUGCUUCCUCCGCCUCGUGAGCGAGGUGAUGCGAGACGGCCAGACUUUGGACUGAGGGCCCCGACUGGUAUUGCAGAUGAAUUCCGGGUAGGGUUCAUCUAGACUUCUAGGAAAGUAUUAGCAAAUGAUGCAUCCCGUCACGCCACUGUAGUAUAUAAGACACACCAAGAGACAGGGUACAUCUCGGGAACCUGGAGUUUGAGGACGGAG